UUUGGAUUAAAUCAUUUUUUUUUUAAAUUAUAAUCACAUUAUCUGAACUUGAAAUUAUAAACAAAAAUCAGUAAAGGUCUGCAAAGGUGAUUCUGAUUUAAACCUGUGUACAUGUUUUGGAUUUUUACACAAUCGCAGACUCAAGCACCAGGCAGUAUUUCAGCAAAUGGUAACCAUGACUGCGGCAUCUGGAGUAUUGCUUGUUACUUUUUUGAUUGGUGCCGUUUAUGGAGAAUCGAAAUCAAGUUCCGUAACCAAAAUGGUUGGACAGGAUGUUACAUUAACAUGUCGUAUUCAAAACCUUUCCACAUACCCAACGUGGGUAAAGCAAACCCGCGUGGACCAUGGAGAAGACACAUCUGUAUCAUUAAGUUCAAGGUCACUCAGAAUGUCAACAAGGGAUCAAAAUGACAACAGCAGUCUGCUGCUGAUGAAUCUGACCCUUGAUGACAGCGGGAAUUACACUUGCUCUGUCCCUGGCCAAGGAAAUCAUACCAUUACUUUGACUGUCAUUCAACCCGCAGAAUCAUGGAAACAGGCAGUUGUGGGUUUUGUAGUAACAAUUCUGAGCUUUUUGCCAGGAGUUUUUAGUAUAGUGACAAUCGUUUGCUAUUACAGAGAUUUUAGGCGCAAAGACAAAUCUGGAGAUCGUACAGCAUGCUGGAUCUGCGCCUGCCUGGGAUGGUCGUUUCUCCUGUUUAUUGCAAGUGCUGUUUCGACAUGGUUUUGUUUGACCCGUUCAGGUAGCAAACGGGAACGAACAACAUAUUCAGCCCGAUGAAGCUAUGGAGCUACGUGGUGAUAACCAGAGUUAAACCGCGAGAGACCACAUCCAACACCGAUACUAAGAAACUGCACGUUCAAACUUCUGAAUAACACACACAUUAAAUAUAAAAACUGAAAUAGCAUAUAUGUAUUAACGUUGUUAGAUGACUUAUUCUCACAUCCGAGAUAAGUAGAAAAUGUUUUCACACUGCAUUCAAUGAUUAAUGUUGAACUCUCCUCAGAACUAUUUGAAGAACGAUUUUACUAUUAACAAAUUUUGAAUCACUGCGCGCAUAUCUAUGGAAAUCACAAAUUAUACCAUAUCUAAACGCGAAGUAUUUUCACUACGCAGUACGCUCAAACUGGUUCAAGCGAGAGAAAAAACAUUUUAGUUUUAUUUUGUUUAACUGAGGUGGGAGAAAAAGGAUCUACCACGGCCGCUCGUGUAAGAUUCGUUUCCGCAAAUUAUCCUUCGCUACGCUCGGGCUGGGAUGAACCUAAGUCCUUAACGAAUUAGGAGAGUAUGAUUUUUGAUUGUUUACGUUAACAUUUAAGUUAUUUAAAAUCAAUAUAUACACAUGUAUAACAAGCAUAAUUUUUGAGUGAUACACCUUUUCCUACUUCCUUGAUAAUGCAUUUAUGGAAAAUAUUAAUUAUGAUUAAAUUUUAAUAUGAAUGUAACCGUGUAUUGAAUAGUUAAAAAAGCAAAAAUAUUAAAUGAUUGGUGAGUGCUAAAAAAUUACUGCAAUCUUCUAUUGUCUAAUAAGGUAGAAAUACCGUGUUUUCUGCACCUUUGUUUCAUAUUAAACUCUGUAUCCUUCAUAAAAACAUUGUUUUCGACAUUUAUUCAUCCACGACGUGCCUGUUUUCGGAUGUCCAUUGUUUUUCAAAUGCAUUGGUGUACUAUAUUUUUGUAAUAUUUAUCCGCGCCACCUCAUCAAAAUUUAUUUAGCACUGUCAAUGUACUAACUCAACUAUCACAUGUUUUGAUUCAUAGUAAUAAUAUUCCUUUCACCAUCAGAGUUGUUUUGAAACAAAGUCUGUGUCUGAUUAGUACAGAUACAUAUACCGACCCUAUUUUGAAUUGACAAACCAAGAAAAUGGUAAUUUGGAAAACUACGCAAAAACUGCGCAAGAUACAUGUGUCGUAAGCGAUGUGAUACAUCAGUUGGUAAGAUUCAAAGCGUUGUACACAACGUUAUCAAUUUGAUAUAAAGCUUUUGACAAUACAAUGUAUUCAUUUUUGUUGCAACUGUAUCAUCUGGUGUCUAGGACGCUUUAAAGAAAGCAUGUACAGUGCAAGACUAAUGCAUUCUGUGAUCAGCCUUAAAGUGUGUGAUAUUGUUAAGUUUUUAAGUCUGUUUAAGUCAAAUUAAGUGUUAAUAUGUGGUUUUACUGUUUACUGCUAAGAUUUGUGUUUAUCGUGAUCCAACCUGA